ACGGUUUGUCCCUGCCAGCAGUGUCCGCGUUGCUUGCUGGUAAAGGCGUGGAGCUGGUGGCUGCGGCCUUUUGGCUGGGAUGAACUGCGCUCUCCGUGGAGGCAGGGGAGCCGAGCCGGAGCCAUGGCCAGUACAGUGGUAGCAGUUGGACUGACCAUUGCUGCUGCAGGAUUUGCAGGUCGUUAUGUUUUGCAAGCCAUGAAGCAUGUGGAGCCUCAAGUAAAACAAGUUUUUCAAAGUCUACCAAAAUCUGCCUUCAGUGGUGGCUAUUACAGAGGUGGGUUUGAACCCAAAAUGACAAAACGAGAAGCAGCAUUAAUAUUAGGUGUCAGCCCUACUGCCAAUAAAGGAAAAAUAAGAGAUGCUCAUCGACGAAUUAUGCUUUUAAAUCACCCAGACAAGGGAGGAUCUCCUUAUAUAGCAGCCAAAAUCAAUGAAGCUAAAGAUUUACUAGAAGGUCAAGCUAAAAAAUGAAGUAAAUAUAUGAUGAAUUUUAAGUUCUUAUUAGUUUAUGUGUAUGAGUACAAGAUUUUUAUAAUAAAAUGCCUCAAAGCUACAAAUUUUAAAAAUGAUUAAGCACAAACUAAAAGCCCUGGUAUAAGUUUCUUGUUUUAACUUUGAGGAUUUUAAAUAAGAUUAUAGAAUAUUUGGAGAUUAAUGCUCAAUAAUUAUGGAUACAUACAUAACCAUUUGAAUAGAAAUACUGUUCAUUACUCAUUUAGCAAAUAAUUUAGUACCUACUUCAAGACAAAGUAAACAUGACAGUCUGUGGGGUGGGAAACUGAUAAACUGGUCAUUAACUGCAAUGUGAUGAAUAUGAUGGAAUGA